CAUCGUUUAUCACACAAUAAACUGUUAAUAACCUCUAUCUCAAUUGUAAGUACUCACUGUUGUACAAUUCAAAGUUCACAAUGAUUGUGUUGAGACGAAUUCAAAGUGCAAAUAAAUUUAUAUCAAGACAAUUUAAAAUUAUAAAUGAAUUUAAAACAGGUAAAUUUCACACAAACAGUUUAUUGAUGCAAACGGAUACUAAGGAUGUUAUGAAUAUAGAAAUUAACGGUAAAACUCUGCAAUUUCCAAGUGUGUGGUUAAGAGACAAUUGCCAGUGUGAACAGUGUUUCCAUCAAUCAGCAAAAAGUCGAAUUAUUGAUUGGAGCAAAUUCAACUUGAAAGUUAAGCCAAACAACGUUAGUAAGGACGAUAAUUCUUUACAAGUUACUUGGGACGACGGUCAUGUAUCCAAAUAUAAACUUAGCUGGUUAAAAUUCCGUAGUUUUACACCAGAUGAUCAAGAAAUCUACACCAAUACUCUGUAUAAACCAGCGAAAGUUACAUGGCACGGAAACGAUUUUAGUAAAGUUUGCAGUAAGCAUGAUUAUAAGGAAAUUUUAAAUUCUGAUAAUGCACUAUACAACUGGUUACUUCAGUUUUCAAUAUAUGGAGUUGCGUUGAUACAGAACACACCCGAUUCAGAAACUGCUUUAGAUAGUAUUGUAGCAAAAGUAGGUUUUAAUAAAAAGACACAUUAUGGUGAAAAAUUUGUAGUGCAACAUGUCGUUAAUACCAGUAAUGUUGCAUAUUUAUCGAACAAUUUGCAAAUGCACACUGACCUCCCAUACUAUGAGUAUUGUCCAGGUGUAAACCUACUACACUGUCUCGUGCAGACUCUUAGCAAAGGAGGAGAAAAUCUUCUAUCUGACUGCCAUUACACAGUUGCUUACAUGAAAGAGAAACAUCCUGAUGAAUAUAAAAUCUUAACCGAAACAGAAGUAGAAUGGAGUGAUGUGGGUUGUGAAAAUGGCAAUGAAUUCUUUAAACUCUAUAGAUCACCAGUGAUAUGCCUAGACAAACAGGGUGAAGUAAUCAGAAUUAAUUUUUCAAUUCCUCAACGUGGUGCACAUUUUCCUGGACCCAUUGAAAGUGUAAGACCUUGGUACAGGGCCCAUAGCCUCUUCUAUGAAUUGAAUAAAAACUUUUCAGCCAAGUUUAAAACAAAAGCUGGGGACAUACUUGUGUUUGAUAAUAUUAGAUUGUUGCAUGGCAGGAAUAUGUAUGAAGAUAAAGGUAACAAUGUUAGGAAGCUGAUUGGUGCAUAUGUGGAUUGGGAUGAAAUAUAUUCACGGUUGAGAUGUUUGAAAGUGAAGUUGCACUCAGAGGAUAGAAUAUAAAUUGAUCCACUUAUACUUUAUGCAUUUUUCUGGAAAUUACUAUGAAUAUACUA